AUGGAGGAUCUGUGGGGGGGGAAACCCCACCCAAAGCCAGAGGCUGGGCCGGGGCUAAGGGAAAGACGACACCGGCUGAAGGACGGAAACACGCCACAUGAAUUAUUCACAACUCUGCCCGGCUCCCAGAAGUCACCGGGCUCUGGCUCCGCCCCCGGCCUUCCCAUCUACGUGGACCUGGCCUACAUUCCCAACCACUGCAGCGCUAAGAACGUGGACCAGGAGUUUUUCAAACGCGUCCGCUCUGCCUAUUACGCGGGGAAGGACUCGUCCUGCAUGACCACGGUGCUGCUGGAGGCCAGGACCAUCAGGUUCAGCUCCUGCUGCCUCUCGUGGGUCUGCUGGUACCAGUCCCGGGUCACCUCGCUGUCGUGGGUCGGGAUCAGG